ACAGGAAGUCAGGAUUUCAUCAUGGCGUCCACAGUCCUGUCGUUUGAAAACCCAGUGUUCGCGGCUUACGCUACCCACGCCUGCCUGGUCAUACUCAAGAUGUUUGUCGUUGCUCGUUACACCUCCUUCAUACGUUGCAGAGUUGGGGUUUUCACAAAUCCAGAGGACUCCAAAACGUUCAACAAAUUCUUUGAUACCAAUGCCAAGUUCAGACUUGACAACCCUGACGUAGAGCGCGUGCGCAGGCUUCACCUCAACGACCUGGAGAAUAUUCCUGCCUUCUUGGCCGUUGGCCUGCUGUACGUGCUGACCGGCCCGUCCCCCAGGGUGGCCCUGUGGCACUUCCGUGUCUUCACGGCGGCCAGGUGUCUCCACACCGUGUCUUACCUGGCAGGUGCCCAGCCCUGGCGUACCUUAUUUUUCAAUGCAGGAAUGAUCUCCACCCUAAGUAUGGUUGUUCAAGUCCUGAUGGCUGGAUCUCUGUAAGGCCUAGGGAAAAACGUUAUGUUCCCUGUUAGGCCUACGUCACAUUUCCUAC